AAAUAAACAGCCCGAGACCCAGGGAAGUUACGGACCCGAAGCCUGAGAGGAGUCGAAAAAAGUCUCCGUCGUUCCCUUGCAAACCCUAAAAAGUACAACCUUCCUGGCCUGCUUCAGAACUCUCUCGAACUUUCUCUGAUCUACCGAUUAUACCCUUCCACACUCUGUACUCCUCCCUAAUUCCCUUCAAUUCCAACCUUUUUCGCUUUCUUCAUUUCACUGGUUCCUUGUACUGGUAGUGAAGCGCGAGGUUUGAGUUGAAAAGAAGAAGAGGGGGGAGCUUCCAGCUUGUGCUUUCUUUUCUCUUGAUCUGAAAAAGCACCUCAGCAACUUUUCGAUUCCACGUUAGAGUUGAUGAUGGUACAUGUUUCAUGAAUCAUUAACCCAUGGAUCUUGAAGGCAAGAAAUUUGGAAAAGGACCAAGAGAACUUAGUGGUGCUGUUGAUCUUAUAAGUCACUAUAAGUUGUUGCCUCACCACGACUUCUUCUGCAAGAGACCUCUUCCUUUGUCAAUUUCAGACACACAUUAUCUUCAUAAUGUGGUGGGAGACACUGAAAUCAGAAAAGGAGAAGGGAUGCAGUUGGACCAGCUUAUUCAGAAUACAUCCCACAACAGAGACACUAAUGCCCGCAUACAGCCUUUUGACCUCGAUAUUCUUAAGGAAACUUUCCAGCUGAGAGAAACCACUCCUGUCGAAUUGCCAUCGAGUGAGAAAGGGAUUCCUACGAUAGCUGGGAAAUCAAAGAGUGAAGCCAAAGAUAAAGAAAGGAAGCAUAAAAAGCACAAAGACAGAGAUAAGGAGAAGGAUAAAGAGCAUAAGAAGCACAAGCACCGUCAUAAAGACAAAGAUCGAACUAAAGAUAAAGACAAGGACAAAAAGAAGGAUAGAAGUGGGCAUCAUGAUUCUGGUGCUGAUCACUCAAAAAAGCACCAUGAAAAGAAAAGGAAGCAUGAUGGAGAUGAAGAUCUUAAUGAUGUUCACAGACACAAAAAAAAAUUAAUUUGUUGCAGCAUAAAAGCUCAAAAAUUGAUGAAGUUGGUGCAAUUAAAGUAGCAGGCUGAAAUGGUGGCAUUCUAUAGUUCAUUUGUUGUUUCAGAUGGUUGUCAGAAUUUGGAAGGGUUUGCUUAAUGUUUUCUACAUUUCUUGAGAGUAGCUUGUAAACUGACUAAAGAAUGUGUAGAAGGUGAAUUCACCCAUUGAUGGAUAUUUCAUGCAAGGUAUAAGAUGCUGAAAAAUGGACUUUUUGUAUCAUAACAUUGGGCUAAUAUAAUUACUGGUAGCUUGCAAAACUUUGAUCUUUCUUUUUGUAGCACGUGGAUGACUCUGCAUGUACACAUUGGUGUAGUCUUGUGUCAUUUUAGAGGGUUAAAAGCCUAGUUCUGAAAUCCGUUUGAUUUAGGAAUUGCAGCUUUUGAUUGUCGAAAGAAUAGGUAGAUGGGGCUGUUGUAUUAAUUACCUCAGCCCUUUUUUGUCAUAACCAUGUCUAACGUCAAAUGGGUUUCUAAAAGGUUGUAAGGCACGUCUUUGUCACAUGGAUCCCUAGUUUCUUUCUUUUUCUUCUGGAAGGGGAAGGGGGUGGUAAAGUCAAUUGAAAGCCCCUUAUAAUUGGAUCGUCAA